AUGAACAAAAUUACUCACAUAACGCAACCAUGCAAUGCGCCAACAAAAAAAAUCCAAAUGUUGCAUUUCACGCUGUAUGUGUAUUCAACUAUUGAUCCUGUUGACUCUUCUAUCGCAUUGGCAGCCCUGGUCAUCCCCAUUGUUGUCAUUAUACUUGGCAUAAGUCUACAACAAAGUACUUUCCCUCUCUCAUUCAUCGCUUUGUAUUCCCUAGAUACGAUAAACUCAAAACCAUGUGCAGUUUCAUACAGUGAUACUUUCGCGUAUCUUGUAGUGCCAACAACAGCUAUUUAUCUUUCAGCGCGCCAUCAAUUGUAA